ACAAAGUUGAAAAGAGAAUGUGGGAACUGGACAAGAUUUUAGAGGAACAAGUCGAGCCAUUCAUUAUUGACGUUGGUGCUUCAGGCAGUAGCGAUGAUGAAAGCUCAUCAAGCUCAUCUUUCCAAUAAAAGAUGUCGUUCAUCAAAUUCGGUUUGAUGUUGGAGAGCGAGCGCAAAAUCUUCGAGUUGAUGGACCAGCGGACUCCGAUGUCGAAGUACUGGAUGCCAUUGGUCUGGGCGACGAAUAUCAUCAACAGGGCGAGGAAGGAGUCCAUCAUCACCAGUGAUCAUAUCGUCCAAACGUUGCUCAUGGAACUGUCUGAUAUGAGAAGAAGACUAGGCGCCCUGAUCGGUUAUGAUACUGUCAAUGUGCCAUUGGUGUAUACGCAGGUAGUGUCGUUAGCGCUGUACGUCUAUUUCAUGGCUGCUCUUCUGGGAAGGCAGUUCAUCCCAUACGCGGACAGCAGCAUGCAAAACAAGUGGGAAAACCCGGACAUGUAUUUUCCGUUUUUCACAGCGCUGCAGUUUUGCUUCUACAUCGGCUGGCUGAAAGUAGCCGAGGUGCUGAUCAAUCCGUUCGGAGAAGACGACGACGAUAUCGAGUUGAACUGGUUGAUCGACAGGCAUAUUAAGGCAUCCUAUAUGAUAGUGGACGAAAUGCACGAAGAACAUCCCGAACUCCUGAAGGACCAGUUCUGGGAUGAGGUGGUGCCCAAGGAGCUACCAUAUACGGUAGCCUCAGAGCACUACAGAAAGGAAGAACCCAAGUGUUCCGCCGACUCCUACAAGCCGAAGGCUCAAGAUGCUAUGUACGCUAACAUAGUCGGUCCCAAAAAGUCCUUGUUGCAUGAGGACAUGUACGCUGACUACGAAAGCGUGGACACCCCGAUCGUAGAACGACGGAAGAGUACAAACUGGUUCACAAGACAGAUAUCCAGGACCGGAAUGGGCUCAAUCCGGUCGUCUUCCACAGCAUAUUCCUCUGGAGGCCUGUUCGGCAGACAUCGAGGGAACUCGGUGUACGUGAAUCCGGAAAACGGCCAAGUAGGCAUGGCUGGGUUGCAAAGCGGUACACACCAUCAGAAGAUGUCUAUCUAUGAUAAGCUGGUAGGGAGGAGAUCAGGAAGAAGCAGGAACUUUAAGAAUAGUUCUAAGCUGAAUGGAGCCUCGGCGAUACCGGUGAAGAGUCGUCCGAGGAUACCGACUCCAGACGUUACCAAAGAGGUGGUAGAUAGGGAGAAUAGGUUGGCAGCGAGUGUUGCCCACGUCCAAAGCCAAAUAUCACCAGGACUUACGCUUAUGCCUCAUCAGUUAGCUGCUGGGUACGGUUCCUAUCCAGAUGGUGAUGUGCCAGUCGUACAGGUGGUUCUAUCGCCAAUUCAAGAACUGGACGGCAGCAGCUCAGUGAACAACACGCUGCAUGCUGGCCAACCAGGUACAGCUGCACUAGCUCAAGCGAUAUUAUCUCCUGGAUUAGGUCCCGUUUUAGCCACCCCAGUCAGCGUACCCAUGACUGCAUCUCAGCUGACUUCCUUGGGAUUAACGACGUCACAAAGGAACAGUCCGAUGAUCGACCACCAAAGGGUGCCGUCAUUCCUACAGGCCUUCAACCAGGAAAAGAUAUCCGCUUCUCAACCUUUAACGCUCACCGAGCUGCACGCAGAAGAAGAUCCCCCGUCAAGUAGAAGCAGUAAUGGGUCAUCAGACGGGAAGGACUCCUUCAUCUCGACUCUUUCUAAUACCACAGCCUCGGUAACCUCAAGGAAAUCGCCCGACAACGUGCCACCUGACGCUCAAGAUCAAGAAUCUUUCCACCUGGUCGAGUCUACACCGAGUCCAUCGAUGUCGUUGAGUCUGGACGUCGGGCAGGCCGGACCAGGUCUGAUGACAUUCAGUUCCGAGUUAUCACCGACUGCUCCUCGUGAUAAGAACGGCGUGGAACUGUCUUCACCGAAAAGUCUCGGUGCGGAGACAGAAAGGAAGAUCAGCGCCGCGGAGCCACCUAGCGCGCUAACUUCUCUAAGUUCUAUAAAUAGUGAGAAUGAUAGGAUCAGGAAGAUAUCGGCUAUGAGUGGCGGUGGGAAUAACUCGCCCAAGAGAGAGAUUUACGUUUAAUCCGGACGGAUGCAAGCCUAAGCCUAGUGAACAUUUUCGGGUCGAUUAAAAAUUGAUUGAUAGUAAGGCUCGGUUUUUCAAUCGAACGAGUAGUUAGCUAUCAAAAAGCACUUUUCAAUCUCAACUUUAUCCAAAGCGGUAGCUAACUUCAACCAGAGGAUCAUUUAUUGGGUAUUGGAGAAGAUGGUCACUGACCUAGGGUGAGAAAAGGGCCCCGACAACAAAAUUCACCAAUGAAGGCCGAUUUCUAUAAAAAUCACCACAACCCGGCAACACUGAGUGUGAAAUUGCAUCACUAACGAAGGUCGUGGCCGCUGACUGCUACACGAGAGCACAGGAAAUAGCGCCAAGCCACGUUAAGUACUAAUGGUCGACGCAACUUAUAAAAAGUGGCAUUUAAAGAGAUGGAGAGUAGAGUACCAUUUUUUACCAUAGAAUUAUUAGAAGAGAAGUGUUGUGCUAUAAAAAUAAAAUUCGUAGGAAACUUUAUGGGUUGCCCGAUCAUUUUCUCAUAAAAUGCACAGGUGUGUCUCCAUGUUACAGAGACAUAAGUCAUGAGUGACACGAGACACAAAUAUAGAACAACACGAAACGCGUAGAACACGAUAAUUCAGGGAUAAAAGCAGCGUUGCCGCGGCAACGGUGUUUGUAGUGUUAACCAGAACUUGAAAAACGAAUUCAAAGGCAAAUGACAGUCAACUUCCAAGUUAUAGUUACUUGACUUAAAAGUUGACUAGCGAUUGAAAUACCGGUACGUUAUCCAAAGCGGUAGCUAACUUCAACCAGAGGAUCAUUUAUUGGGUAUUGGAGAAAAUGGUCACUGACCUAGGGUGAGAAAAGGGCCCCGACAACAAAAUUCACCAAUGAAGGCCGAUUUCUAUAAAAAUCACCACAACCCGGCAACACUGAGUGUGAAAUUGCAUCACUAACAAAGGUCGUGGCCGCUGACUGCUACACGAGAGCACAGGAAAUAGCGCCAAGCCACGUUAAGUACUAAUGGUCGACGCAACUUAUAAAAAGUGGCCUUUAAAGAGAUGGAGAGUAGAGUACCAUUUUUUACCAUAGAAUUAUUAGAAGAAGAGAAGUGUUUUGCUAUAAAAAUAAAAUUCGUAGGAUAAAGAAGGGUUGCCCGAUCAUUUUCUCAUAAAAUGCACAGAUGUGUCUCCAUGUUACAGUGACAUAAGUCAUGAGUGACACGAGACACAAAUAUAGAACAUCACGAAACGCGUAGAACACGAUAAUUCAGGGAUAAAAGCAGCGUUGCCGCGGCAACGGUGUUUGUAGUGUUAACCAGAACUUGAAAAACGAAUUCAAAGGCAAAUGACAGUCAACUUCCAAGUUAUAGUUACUUGACUUAAAAGUUGACUAGCGAUUGAAAUACCGGUACGUUAUCCAAAGCGGUAGCUAACUUCAACCAGAGGAUCAUUUAUUGGGUAUUGGAGAAAAUGGUCACUGACCUAGGGUGAGAAAAGGGCCCCGACAACAAAAUUCACCAAUGAAGGCCGAUUUCUAUAAAAAUCACCACAACCCGGCAACACUGAGUGUGAAAUUGCAUCACUAACAAAGGUCGUGGCCGCUGACUGCUACACGAGAGCACAGGAAAUAGCGCCAAGCCACGUUAAGUACUAAUGGUCGACGCAGCUUAUAAAAAGUGGCCUUUAAAGAGAUGGAGCGUAGAGUACCAUUUUUUAGCAUAGAAUUAUUAGAAGAAGAGAAGUGUUGUGCUAUAAAAAUAAAAUUCGUAGGAAACUUUAUGGGUUGCCCGAUCAUUUUCUCAUAAAAUGCAUAGAUGUGUCUCCAUGUUACAGUGGCAUAAGUUGUCAUGAGUGACACGAGACACAAAUACCGAACAUCGCGAAACACAUAGAACACGAUAAUUCAGGGAUAAAAGCAGCGUUGCCGCGGCAACGGUGUUUGUAGUGUUAACCAGAACUUGAAAAACGAAUUCAAAGGCAAUUGACAGCCAACUUCCAAGUUAUAGUUACUUGACUUAAAAGUUGACUAGCGAUUGAAAUACCGGGCCUAAGAGUCACAUUUAUACAAUUUCUUCGUUUGGAUUUUGAGCAAGCAGUAACGUUUCCUUUAAGAACGUUGAAGGGGGGAUUUAACAUUUGCGUUUCAAGGUAGGCUGUAACAGUUGUCUACAAAAAAAAUUCAAAUUUUCAAUCAUAAAAAAUUUCAGAAAUUUUUACAUGGCCUACUUUAGGGAAUAGAUACAAUUUUAGUUCUCGAUGCUGUUGCAUUUUUGUUAGAAAAUAAUUUAUUUAGCGAAUUUCUUACAGUGAGAGUAUUAAUUAUAUUGUAUAAUUUACUUGUGAUAUGAUGUACUAUAGUUUCAGAACUCUGCAUAUUUGAAAUAUAUGUGAUGAUUUUUUUGUAAAAAUGUGCUCAUAGUUAUUAAAAAGUAUAUACAUAUAGCUCUACGGAUAGUUUUUUAUGUUAUAUAGGGUAUUCGAAAAAUAGACGGAUAUAUUUUAGAAGGUGGUUCCUUUUUAAAAAACAUGAAAAAAAGUUUAUCUAAACAUGGAUCCGGAAAUGCAGGAUUUUCAAAAUACAGGGUGAUGAGUUAAUAAAAAAAAUUAAACUUUAGAGAAAUUUCGCAAAUAAAAUUACGUGAAUAAUCCUUUUCUAGAAGAACUGACGCGCAAAUGUCAAACCUCUAUACAGGGAUGAUUUUUUGUGCAAAAAUUAAUAAACCAUUUUUGUCCAGUGACAAACGGUUUUUAUUUUUUUUCUCCAAAACGAACUGAGGUACUAUGCAAAGAAAUGUAUUUUUAUGUGCUUAAUCGAACAACAAAUAUAAAAGUUACAAAACUGCCCCCGGGACGCCACUGGACCUAAUUAUUCUAAUCUGUUAAGGGCUAAAUUAUCCCCUUAACACAACAAAUAAUAUUGCUAAAUUUCAACCCGAUCGAGAAAUAUUUUUUUAAGGUAUAUAAAAAAGCCAAAACAAAUUUUAAAUUUGUAUUUUGAAAACUCAUGUUUAUAGAAAAUGAAAUAUUUCCGUCUAUUUUUCGAACACACCGUAUGAUCAGGCGCACAAGGGGUGCCAGGGGGAACCGCCCCCUCGAUAAUUCGGUUGGACUUCAAAUUUUGCACAUUUAGGAUUUAUUGUGUACCAUUUUGAGGAUCUGCAGGAUUUGCCACCCCCCUGAGAAAAGUUUUUAGGGCAGUUUCGCUUUCGCAAAAAGUUUUCUCUCGCCAAUGAUCGGCCCCCGUGAGAAAAAUUCCAGCGGGCACCUAUGUACAUGUUUGAGUUGUUUAGUAAGUUAUUAGUUUUUUGAAACUAGAUGUUUAUAUUAACUUUACACAUUGUAAAUGCCUAUAUAAUUUGACAUAUUCAGAGAUGAUGUUAUUGAGGGUUGUAAUAAAGAGG